AUGUUCUCGCCCGUGUGCCACCUGCGCGAAGAGGACAUCAUCAUGGCGACGGCUGCAGCACCACUGCGUAUAGGUUUCGUACCCGAGCACUUCUCUACGCCCAUCUACUUUGCGACAAAGCAUUUUGAUCUCUCGGCCGAGCUGCUUCCGUUCCCUUCCGGCACCGGCCACAUGAUCACCGCCCUCCGAAACGGCGAGAUCGAUGUGGGCAUUGGCUUGACAGAAGGCUGGGUAGCUGGAUUAGGCCAUGAGGACAACAAAGACGAAAAUGAUGGGGGUUAUCGACUGGUCGGCACAUACGUGGAAACGCCACUGUGCUGGGCCAUCUCCACAGGUUCCGGUCGACCCGAAAUCACCACCGUCAACUCGCUAAAAGGCGGCAAGAUUGGUGUUUCGAGACUCGGCUCCGGGAGCUACGUCAUGGGCUUCGUGCUUGCCGACCAGCACGGCUGGCUCUCGUCCUCACCAGUCAACACUUCCCCGUACUCGGAUACUGUUAUCCUACACACGUUUGCAAACCUCCGCAACGCGGUCAACUCGGGCGAAGCCGACUUCUUCAUGUGGGAGCAUUUCACCUCGAAACGAUACUACGACUCGGGCGAGAUCCGCAAGAUUGGAGAAAUAUAUACCCCGUGGAGCAGCUGGAAGAUUGUCGCCUCAACAAGUUUGGCCGGCGCUGGCGGAGUGUCAGAUCCGAGACUGGAAGAUCUCUUUGAGAAGCUAGAUCAAGGCAUCAAGUACUUCAAUGAGAAUCAGGAGGAGGCCAUCACAUACAUCAGCACCGAGCUUGACUACUCGGAAGAAGACGCAAGAGAGUGGAUGAAGACGGUAAGAUUUCCUCUCAAAACAGCGGGCGUUGAUAUUAAGGUCAUUACGAACACUGUUGGUGUGCUUCGUAAGGCCGGAGUGCUUUUUGAAGGCAAAGGUUUGCAGCCUGAAACGAUGGUCGCCAAACAACGAUGA